AUGCCAGGAUUAAAUGGCAGUGCCAAAGCAAAUGGUAAAGUUAGUCCUAUGGAUGAAGAGACAGCUAAAAGACUUAGUAAAGCUGAAAUUGAUAAUACACUUGUUAUGGUACCGAAUGAUCCAGUAGAACCAACACAAGAAGUUGCAAAAAAAGGUUUUCUCUAUAGACUAUUUAAAAAAGAAUCGAAAAAGAAGGAGCCACCAGCACCAAAAAAACCAGAAGGACCGAAAUUGAAAACAUUUGAAAUUUAUAAAUAUGCUGAUAAAUUGGAUAUUUUUUUAAUGGUUCUGGGUACAAUCGCAGCUUUAGCAACAGGAGCAGCAAUGCCUAUAAUGAUGUGGUUAUUUCAAAGUGUUAUAAAUGGUUUAGUUACUAUAGGCAAAGGAAAUGCUACUACUAGUGCUAAUUGUGAGGUUGCUGCGGGUUCGACUGGUGAUCCUUUUGCAACAAUUGAAGGUAUAAUUAAAUGGUAUGCAACGUUAGGUGGUUCGAGCAUUGUUAUGUAUUGGAUAGCGUAUGCUUUAUGGAUGAUUGCAUCAGAAAGACAAUUACGUCGAAUACGAUAUGCACUUUUUCAAAGUAUUAUGAGUCAAGAAAUGGGUUGGUUUGAUUGUCGAAAUGCAGGUGAAUUAUCUAGUCGUCUUGUUGAUGAUCUUGAAAAUAUUCGUGAAGGUACUGGUUUUAAAGUUGCUGAUUUUAUCUGUCUUCUAUCUCGAAUAAUUGGUACAUUGGUAUUCUCAUUUUAUGAAGGUUGGAAAUUAACACUUGUAUUUCUUUCGGUUUCACCAUUGAUUAUUCUUUCAUUUAAUAUUUUAAUUAAAAUUAUGAUUAAAUACACUGUUAUGGAAUUACAAGCAUAUAGUACAGCAAAUUCAAUUGCACAAGAAGUUUUAGGUGCAAUAAGAACAGUGACAGCAUUUGGUGGACAAAGUAAAGAAUCAAAUCGGUAUGAAUCAAAUCUUACUAAAGGUCGAAGUGUUGGGAUUAAAAAAGGUGCGUUAUUAGGAUUAGCACAAGCAAUGGUUAAUGUUAUUUUAUAUGGUGGUAUUGCAAUUGUCUUUUGGUAUGGACCAUAUUUAAUUCGUACUGAAUGUGAUCAUUAUUCAGCUGGUCAAUUUAUGGUUAUAUUUAUUUCUUGUUUAACAUCAACAUUUUCAUUAGCAAAUUUAAUACCAAAUAUACAAUCAUUUGCUGAAGCAUCCGGUUCUGGUGCAUAUGUCUUUCAAGUUAUUGACCGUCAAUCAAAAAUAAAUAUAUUUAGUGAUGAAGGAGAAACUCCACCAGAGUUUACAGGUGAUAUUGAAUUUAAAAAUGUUCAAUUUACUUAUCCAGCACGAAAAGAUGCACCUAUUCUUAAUAAUUUAAAUAUGAAAAUACCAUCGGGAAAAACUGUUGCACUUUGUGGAUCAUCUGGUUGUGGUAAAAGUACAUCAAUUCAAUUAAUUCAACGAUUUUAUGAUCCAGAUGGAGGUGAAGUUUUAUUAGAUGGUCGAAAUUUACGUUCAAUUAGUUUAAAAUGGUUACGAUCAAAUAUUGGUAUUGUUUCUCAAGAACCAGUUCUAUUUUUUGGUACAAUUGAAGAAAAUAUUCGAUUUGGAAAACCCGAUGCAACAGAUGAUGAAGUUAUGAAUGCUGCAAAAAUGGCUAAUGCACAUGAUUUUAUUAUGCAAUUACCACAAAAUUAUAAAACAUCUUCAGGAGAUAAGUUAAGUGGUGGUCAAAAACAACGAGUUGCUAUUGCUCGAGCUUUAAUUUCUAAUCCAAAACUUUUAUUACUUGACGAAGCAACAUCAGCUUUAGAUAAUCAAGGUGAAAAAGUAGUUCAAGAUGCAUUAGAUAAGGCUAAAGAAGGACGAACAACAAUUGUGAUAGCACAUCGUUUAAGUACAAUAAAGAAUGCUGAUAUUAUUGUUGGUUUAGAUCGUGGACAAGUUGUUGAAUGUGGUACACAUGAUGAAUUAAUGCAAAAUAAAGGACUUUAUUAUGAAUUAGUUACUGCUCAAAGUGAAAAGGAAAAAGAAAAAGAACUUGAAAAUGAAAAUGAUCCAGAAGAUGAACUUGAAGAAGAAUUAGCUAAACAAGCUAUUGCACCAACGAAACCUAAAUCACGUCGUCUAUCUCGUCAGAUUUCAACGGCAUUAAGACGUGCAUCUAUUGUUUCAGCUAAAUCUGUAACAUCAGAAACAAGUGAAUCAGGAAAUGAUGCUAAUCUAGUUAAGGAUGAAGAAAAACAAUCAGGAUUUCGUAUGCCAAUUAUAUUUCAAGUUAUGCGAUUAAAUGCACCUGAAUGGUUUUAUCUUGUAAUUGGUGGAAUUGCUUCACUUGGUUAUGGCGCUGUUACACCAGCAUUUUCUCUGAUAUUUUCGAAUAUUUUUGGUGCACUUGCUGAAACAGAUCAACAAAAACAAACAGAUGAAAUACGAAUGUAUACUUAUAUACUUUUCUUAGUUGGUGUUGCUGGUGGAAUAUUUCAAUUCCUAUCAUCUGUGACAUUAGCUAAAGCAGGAGAAGAAUUAACAAUGCGUAUGAGAAUUAUGUCAUUCAGAAGUAUGCUUCGACAAGAAAUUGGAUGGUUUGAUGUUGAUGAAAAUAAUUUGGGAGCAUUAGUAACACGACUUUCAUCAGAUGCAGCUUCACUUAAAGGAUUUACUGGACCUACAUUUGGUGCUAUACUCAAUGCAGUAGGAGCAGUUGUUACAGCUCUUAUAAUUAGUUUUAUAGCUGGAUGGAAACUUACAUUAGUUAUUCUUUGUUUUACUCCAUUAAUGAUUUUUACCGGUAUUAUUCAAGGUCAACAAAUGUCUAAAGCAUCUGGAAACAAGAGUUCAGCAUCAAAUGAUGCUGAAGAUGGAGGAAAACAAGCAACACAAGCUAUUGAAAAUAUUCGUACAGUUGUAUCACUUCAUCAAGAAGAACGUUUUAUUCGAUUAUAUAAAAAAGCAUUUGAUAGUGAUUUUCGACGUCGUAUGUUAACACUUCAUUAUGUAGCUUUUGCUAAUGCUCUUGCAAAUUCAUUGAUGUUUUUUAUUCAUGCAACGGCAUUUGGUUAUGGUAUUACACUUAUUAAAAGUGGUGAUAUGCAAUUCGCAGAUGUUUUUCGAGUAUUUACUGUUGUUACUUUUGCUGCAAUGUCUAUAGGACGUAGUGCAUCUAUGGUACCAAAUUAUUCAAAGGGUAAAGCAAGUGCUUCACGUAUAUUUGAUUUAAAUAAACGUCAAUCAAAAAUUGAUCCUGAUGAUCCAUCUGGCAUUAAACUUUCAUCUAUAUCUGGAAAUAUUGAAUUUCGUGAUGUUCGAUUUCGUUAUCCAGCUCGGCCAAAACUUCGUAUAUUACGUCAUUUCAAUUUAGUCUGUACUGAAGGUGAAACAACUGCUCUCGUUGGUCCAUCGGGUAGUGGAAAAUCAACAAGUGUUGCAUUAAUACAAAGAUUUUAUGAUCCACUUGGUGGUACGGUACUUCUUGAUGGACAUGAUGUAAAAACAUUGAAUAUUCAAUGGUUACGAUCAUUACUUGGUCUUGUACAACAAGAACCAGUUCUUUUUAAUCUUUCUGUUCGUGAUAAUAUUGCAUAUGGAGAUAAUACACGAGCAGCAACACAAGAAGAUAUUGAAGCAGCAGCUAAAAAAGCAAAUAUUCAUGAAUUAAUUGCAUCAUUACCUGAGGGAUAUAAUACAUCAUGUGGAGCUAAAGGUGGUCAAUUAUCUGGUGGACAAAAACAACGAAUUGCUAUUGCUCGAGCUUUAAUUCGUAAUCCAAAAAUUCUUCUUCUUGAUGAAGCAACAUCAGCAUUAGAUAAUAAGAGUGAAAAAGUUGUUCAAGAUGCAUUAGAUCAAGCACGAACAGGUCGAUCAUGUCUAACAAUUGCUCAUCGUUUACCAACAAUUCGAAAUUCAGAUAAAAUUUGUGUUGUCGAUCGUGGACAAAUUAAAGAAAGCGGUCGUCAUGAACAAUUACUUCAAGAACAUGGCAUUUAUCAUAAACUAUAUAUGGCUCAAGAACGUCCAGAAAACCAAAAAGAAACAUAA